GCAAGCACCAUGUCUGAUACAGCAAAGAUCCAGGCCGUAGUAUUAGAUGCCGGUCCUCUUAUAACCCAAACCGCAUCAGCAUUACAACAAUACGCCUCUGAGUAUUACACAACCCCAGGAGUUCAUGCAGAAUUAAAAGAUGAGCAUGCCAGACAACAAUUGAUAUUAUGGGGUGAUAAGUUGAACGUUAGACAUCCCAAACCUGAGUUUAUUCAAAAGGUGAUUAGUUUUGCUAAAUUAACUGGUGAUUAUUCUGUGUUGUCCGUUAAUGAUUUACAUAUUAUCGCCCUUGCUUACGAGUUGGAAGUUGAGCGUAAUAAUGGUGAUUGGAGAUUAAGAAAGUUCCCAGGAGAACAGUUGCAACUUAAAAAGCAACAGGAAGAAAAGAAGGAAGAAGAUGCUACCAAGACUAAAGAAGAUGAAGAAGAUGGAUUUACAGUUGUGGAACAUAAGCCUAAGCAAGGUAAUUCGAAUAGACCACGUCGUAGAGGGGGAAGAAGACAAAGAGAAAAGAGAGAAGCAGAAUUGAGAAAACAAAUGGAACAAGGUAACAGUGAAGAGUUUGAAAGUGUUACAGAUGACACCAUCACUCAAGUCGAAGAAACAACCGUGCCUGAAGAAACCGAAACCCAAGCCACUACCGAAUCCACCGAAGAUGUAAAUAUAGAAGCACAUGACGAGACUUCGGAAACGUAUGAAUUAACCGAAGAAUAUAACGAAGAGGAUGAUGACGGAGAAUGGAUCACCCCAGAUAACUUACAGGAAGAGUUGUUAAAAGACAACAACGAAGAAACCCAAGAAGCAAGUGCCACUGGUCCUUUAAUUAAGGUUGCAUUGGCAACCGGCGAUUUCGCCUGUCAAAACGUUGCCAUGCAAAUUAAUAUCAAUCUUUUAAAUGCAAUGUCAGGUAAGCAAAUCAAAAGAGUCAGAAAUUAUAUGUACAGAUGUCAUGCAUGUUUCAGAUUAACACCUAUAAAUAAGAACGGUCAACCUAAACAUUUCUGUCCAAAAUGUGGUGGUAAUACUUUACUAAGAUGUGCUGUGUCUGUAGACACCUUAACAGGUAAGGUAACUCCACAUUUGAAAGCUAAUUUCCAAUGGUACAAGCGUGGUGAAAGAUUCACACUUCCUUCCCCAUUAAGUAAGAACCUGCAGAAGAAACAAGGUAAUGCUGGUUACCAACAUAAUAAAGAAAACCGUCAUAAAUCUUUACAAUCUCCUUUAAUCUUGAGAGAAGAUCAAAAGGAAUAUCAACAAGCAUUAAAGAAUGACGAAUGGCAAAGAAGACAAAAUGAGAAGAUGCUUCAAGAAUGGAUUGGUGGAGGUAGUGCUGAUAACUACGUAUCACCAUUCAGUACAAACAUGAACAAUAUUAGACCAUCAGGUGUAAGAGUUGGACGGGGAAGAUUUGUGAACUCGUCAAAGGGUAAGAAGAAGUAGUAGUAGUAGUUCUAUAAAUAGAUUGUUGUAAUUGCCAUAGAUUUUUUU